GAUGCAGAAUUGCCCUCCCUCCCUGCUACUUUUAUCAAAAAGAAACCCACAACUCAAUGUCUCUUCAAAAUUUCUUCAAAUUUCUCAAGAAAACAUCAGUUGAAGAAAUUGGAAGAGAACCUUCAGCACUUUCAGAGGGACUAUGUCGUCAAUUUUCACUAGCUGAGCUCAAAGCAGCCACCAACAACUUUGAUGAUCAUAUGAAAAUCGGUGAAGGUGGUUUUGGCCCAGUGUACAAAGGCCUCAUUGAUGGCGGCUCCUUGGUUGUCGCUAUUAAACGUUUCAUUAGAUCAUCCCUACAAGGAGUUCAAGAGUUCCAAAAUGAGGGAGAGUUACUCUGCCAGAUGCGCCACCAGAAUCUUGUCUCUCUCCUUGGGUUUUGUCACGAGAAGGAUGAGAGGAUCCUUGUAUAUGAAUAUAUGAUCCAUGGGUCAUUGGGUGGUCAUCUUUUUGGGAAUGCUGAUCCACUCCCUUGGAAGCGGAGGCUGGAGAUAUGUAUUGGGGCAGCGCGUGGAUUACACUACCUUCACACAGGUACAAAGUAUACAAUAAUUUACCGCGACGCCAAGCCUUCUAAUAUUCUUCUGGACGAAAAUUGGGAUGCUAAGCUUUCAGAUUUUGGGUUGUCCAAGAUUGGUCCCCUUAACAUCUCAAAGCCUAAGCCCAACGCUUUGACAAAAACGGAGUCACGGAUUCGUGGUACAAUGGGAUAUAUGGCUCCAGAGUACGCGAGGCAUGGUGAAUUAACUGUAAAAAUUGAUGUGUACGCGCUAGGUAUUGUUCUGUUGGAAGUAUUGUGUGGUAGAAAGAACUUUGACCGCAUAGCAGAAGAAGAGAAUAUGAUUUCCGGAAUCCUUAAAUGCAUAAAAAACGGCCGCGUUCAUGAUAUGAUCGAUCCAUUUUUGAAUGGGAAGAUAGCACCGGUGUGUCUGACAGAAUUCGUGGAGAUCGCUCUCAGUUGUAUUCAUCCAAAUCCAAAUGAACGGCCUUCAAUGGGAGAAGUUGAGGUAACCUUAGAACUUGCAUUGGAGCUGCAGGAGAAAGCCGACUUGGUUAUCAAGGCUGUCAAUCCACAUGCUGGCUAUACCUAUGAUGAUGUAUCAUUUCGUGUUUCUUUUGCGGAUCUUAAAAAAUGCCAUAACCCUUUUGCGGAUCUUGAAGAAUACUCUAACUCCUUCAACAGAUAUAGUGUAGAAUUGGUUGAAUCAAUCUCAGUUGCAGGAUCGAUGUCGGACACAGAACUAGAAAUUGGUAGGUAGAGAUGGGUUUAGGAAACAGAAAGGUAUUUCCUGUUUUUGUAUUGAUGAAUAGAGUGAUGCAAUUCCUAUCCAAAAUUAAAUGGCGUUAUCAAAUUCCCAGUCAUUCUUACCUUGCU